AUGAUAGCAAAUAUAAUUACUUUAUUAGUUUCUUUCCUAUCAUUAACAUUUAUAGGUUUAUUGUACACAGAAAUAGUCACCUAUAAAUACUAAAAGGAUGUUGAAAUAUUUAUUGGUUUCUUGAAUAAGUUUAUAUCAUAAAAUUAUUAUAAUCCUUAGUCAUUUGAUAGAUAAGUAACUAAUUAUUUCUAAGUAGUUUAAUUCACUUCUUGUAUAACCACAAAAUGAUUAUUGUAUCCAAUCUGAUACAUAUAAAUAUUACCAUCCAGAUUCUAUUAUGAAAGACACCUAUACAUUUAGAGAGUAUUCAGGUUUAGUAAAAUAGGCACUUUAACAACAUUUUUUUGAUGUCUUACCUAAUGUUACACUUUACAAAAGAAACAAAGAUAGUAAAUAAUAUUUCAUUUUUAGUACCUAAUAAAUAUAAAUUUCCCUUGUAAUUAACACUACCAUAUACUUAUUAUGAUUAAUUACUAUUUACAUUUAAAGUAGGAUAAAGUAUAUUAUAUUAUCAUUAUUAAAAAUAGGUUCAUUAUGUCUCUUUCAAAACUAUAAUCAUUUACCUUAAAGAUCCUCUUUAUCACACAAAAAUCAAUUGAUGACUAAUCAACUAAAUUAUUUAAAUGAUAUAAAAAAUAAAGGUCUUGAUGAGGAUUGUAUAGUAAUAUAUUAUUUAAUAUCAUAAAGGUUAAUGCAACUUUUCUUCCUAAAACUUAUAGACUUUUUGAAGAAUCUGAAUGUAAGUAAUUUUUUACUUAUUUGAAUUCAACAGAAUAUUAAGAUAAAGUGAAUAGAGAUGGUCCAUAAUUUAUUGUCAAAAUGGGAUUAGAAGUUCAUAGAGGAAGAGGGAUAACAAUGUUAUUUCCAUAAGAAACUGAAAAAUUGAAGGAGAAAUUUAAAAAUGGAUAGGUUUGUGGAGAAAUGAAAACAUAUAAAGUAGCUUAAUAAUAUAUAGGGAAUCCAUUAUUAUUUAAAGGACAUAAAAUAGAGUUUAGAGUUUAUUGGAUAAUUGCAUCAACAAAUCCAUUGAUUGCAUAUGCAUAUGAUAAAACACUUAUUCGAAGAUGUAUUAAUCCAUUUGAUAAAUUUUCAACACUCAAAGGAGCUCAUGUUUGUAAUACAGCAAUUGUUAAGAAAACUUUAUAAUCGAUGAUAAAUGAAUCUCAAGAAAAUGAAGAUAAUGAUGAAAAUGAUGAUAAUCAUGAUGAUGAUGAACUUACAAAUAAUAAUUAAAAUUACAAUAAUAGUAAAAAUUAAAAUAAUAAUUAAAAUUAAAAUAAUAAUAAAAUUUAAAAUAAUACUAUUAAUAAAUCUAUUCAAGAUUAACCUAAUUUUUAAGAUCUAUAUAUAGAUUGGAAACUUGAUUAUUUAUAAGAAAUACUGUUAAAAUAGGGUAAAAUAAAGAAUAGAAAAUGGUUAAAAUAAGAAUUGUUACCUUAAGUUGAUAGAAUGAUUAUUCAUGCAAUUAGAAGCACAUAAUAUACAUUUGCAAAAGAUAGCAAAUUAGGAGAAUUCUUUGCUGCUGAUUUUCUAUUAACAGAUGAUCUUAAACUUCAUAUAAUGGAAAUAAAUUAUAAUCCAUAAACUCUAAAGACUACAUAGGCAAGAUUAAAAUAACAUACUAAAAUGGUUUAAGAUAUGGUUGAAAUAUCAAAUGCCUAUUUAAGAAGUAGAUAUAUAAGAUUUAAAAAGAUAAUUGAUAGAGUUUUAGAUAAAUUAUAAAAUGGGAAAUAAAAAUUACAAGAUUUCUUAAAUCAUAAAAUGGGCUAAGAAAUUCAUUAAGCAUAUUAUAGUAGAUUAGAACCAAAUAUUUAGAUUAGUUCAAAAAAUCUAUUUAGAUUAAUUAUGGAUGAUGGUUUACCAGGAACAUCUAAAUAUAAAGACCUUUUAUAAUAAAAGUGUAUGAAAUGA